CGGCAUUCGAACUAACAGCUCGGGUGUGGCGAGCACCCUGGCAGGAGCUCAGCCAACCGCGGUGCCGUCGAUUGCGGAGGGUGCUUCUUCAUCUUCCUCGUCAUUGCCGCCGCCGCGACCCGCAACCUCUGCCUUUUCGUCGUCGUCGUUGCGGCCGGCGGUGGUGGAUGGGUUACAUCAACAGCAACAGCGUUUGAGACGCGUUUCCGGAUUCACCGGACGACAAGGGCUUGCUGGGACCCGUCAGCCCUUGGCACAUAGCAGCCUUUCGACCCGUGGGUCUGCGCUCCCUAGCACCGUCGUCCCAGCAUCAUCCACCACCGCCGCAGCAAC